AUGGCCCUUACAUUGGCUCAUAUUUCUGUCACCCACUCACAUCUCUCUCUGCCUCUCUCUCUCUCUCUCUCUCUCUCUCUCCCUCUCUCUCUGUCUCUCUCUCUCUCUCUCUCUCUCCUGUUUCCUCUCUUUUUCGUUCUUGUUCUCCCUAUCUAUUUCUAUCUCUUUUUUAUCCCUGACUUUCUCCAUCUUUCUCUCUCUCUCUCUCUCUCUCUCUCUCUCUCUCUUUCUUUCGUACACACACACACACGGUCUCACGCACAGUUAUUAAAUUUGCAUGAUUGCUUGCAUUUACCUCUCCGUCUCUCCUCUCUCUUAACUCCCUCUCUCCUAACUCCCUCUCUCCUCUCCCUAUCUCUCCCUCCUUGUAGCAUUUCUAGCAAAUCUUUCCUUCUAACCUACUUCCUUCUGCUAAUAACCCUUCCUCUCGCUUCCUUUCUUCAUCCUUCUCUUCAUUGUCCUUAUCUCUCGCCAACAUACACACGCAUACGACCAGAGACAUGA